AUGCUGCGGGACUCACCAUCCUGUAUAAAGUUCCAGAGAGAACUACAACUCCCAGAGUGCCCUGGGCCUACCCAGCUCCAGUCUGUGCCGGGUCAGAACAGUCCAGCCUCACGGAUACCCCGCAGGCCCGGAAGAGAGUAUCCACCACUCCUGCAGGCGAGCAAGGCGGGUGCCGCAGCCAUGCUCCGCAGACUGGCCCGGGCCGCAGUCCCGGGGCUCAGGGUGCCCUGGGCGCGGUGGUCUAGGAACUGGGCGGGGGUCCCAGCUCAGGUGGUAGACCUGCGCAGCGACACAGUGACCCGGCCAGGGCCGGCCAUGAGGCGCGCCAUGGCCGAGGCGCUCGUGGGAGAUGAUGAUUACGGCGAAGACCCCACAGUCCGCGAACUGCAGGAAAAGGCUGCAAAGCUGUUUGGGGUGGAGCGGACCCUGUUUGUGCCCACCAACACCAUGGCCAACCUUAUCUCUGUGAUGGGUCACUGCCGGCGCCGGGGUUCCCAGGUCCUCCUUGGGCAAGAAUGCCAUCUCCACGUCUAUGAGCAGGGCGGGGUGGCUCAGAUUGCUGGGGUGCAUUCCCACCCCCUCCCAGACAUGCCCCAUGGCACCCUGGACCUGAAUGAGCUAGAGAGGGCACUCACUCGGGGCUUCGGGAGUUCCUACCAUCCAGUCUGCGAGCUUGUGUGCCUGGAGAACACACACAGCAGUGCCGGGGGCCGGGUGCUCCCCAUCGACUACCUCCGCCAGGUGCGCCUCCUGGCCCACACCUAUGGAGCACGGGUCCACCUGGAUGGGGCGCGGCUGAUGAACGCAGCCGUGGCUCUGCGUGUGCCUCCUGCCCGCCUCGUGGAGCACUGUGACUCUGUAUCCUUCUGUUUCUCUAAGGGCCUCGGUGCCCCGGUGGGGGCUCUGGUAGGGGGAUCCAAGGACUUCAUUGAAGAAGCCUGGCGCCUCCGCAAAGCCCUGGGUGGAGGCAUGCGCCAGGCUGGAGUACUGGCUGCCGCUGCCCUGGUGGGACUGGCUGAGGCAGAGGAGGUACUGCCAAGGGACCAUGAGAAUGCCCAGAGAUUCGCUAAAGGACUCCAGGACCUGGCAUCACCCAUUUGCUGUGUGGAUCCUGCCACCGUGGAGACCAACAUGGUGCUGGUGCAGGUGGCCGGGCUGCCUCCCGCAGAGCUGUGCCAGCGCCUCCAGGCCGUGAGCGCUGAGGAGGUGGCUCGGACUGGCUGUGCUGUAAGCGUGCUGCUGUUUCCCUGGACAGAACACUCUGUGCGGACUGUGUGGCACCGAGACGUAUCUGCUCAGGACACCGAACUGGUGCUGAGGAAGUGGGAGUUUGUACUGAGAGAGUUGAUGCCCUGAGGUCAGGGGAGCAGGAACCCUGUGCCUUGGCUAGGAUUGAAGUGGGGAAUAAGGGGCCCCAGGCCAUUAGCCUGGUGAAGGCUGGUCCUUCUGGGGGAUGAUGACACCACUCAGCCUCUGGUUUCCUCCAGCGACUCUCAUGUGAUGGCCUCAUUCAGUCAGGUAAUAACCAGGCAUAGGCUGGGAUAAGAUGUGGCUGAACAUCAAGAGAAGGUAAUGGCCGGGUGGUGGUGGUACACACCUUUAAUCCCAGCACUUGGGAAGCAGAGGCAGGCAGAUCUCUGUGAGUUCGAAACCAGCCUGGUCUACAAAGCGAGUUACAGGACAGCCAGGACUGUUACACAGAGAAAUCCUAUCUUGAAAAACCAAAAGAGAGAGCGAGAGAGACAGACAAACAGACAGACAGACAAGGAAAUGGAUAUAGGAAACAGAUCCUAGGCUGAGACAUGUAGUAUGGCUGCUGCCUGGUGUGCAUGAGUCCCGAGUUCAAUCCCCAGCAUUGUAUAAACAGGUGUGUUGACUCGCAUCUGUAAUCCUAGCAUGCUGGAGGAUUAGAAGUUCAGGGUCAUUCUCAGCUACACAAAGUUUGAUGCGAGUCUGAGCUACAUGAGACCCUAUCUCCAAACAAACAGAUCCUUACGUGAUUGGCAGAGUUAUCAGAGAUGGACUGUAAAAUAAAGUAUUG